AUGAAUAAGUUCAAACGGUGGGUAUUUGUCAUUUUGAUUUUGUGUAAUACGCUUGUGAGUUCAUUGGGCCAUCGAUCUCGCCGUUUUCUGACAUUCCCUCCGACAGCGCCUACUCGUGUACAGAUCAUAUCCGGUAUCGGUAUUCCAGUGGAUUUAGAGCUUGAGUCAGUGACAAUUGGCUAUGUGUUUAAAGCAGAAUUUUUCUUACCCGAAAAUGCGUCGAAUUAUCUGAACGGUUUGGCUGAUCCAUUUGAUAUAACAACUCGACCGAUAACGGGGCGUCGAAGACGAUUUAUUGAAGAAACAAAAUCCACCCAAGUGCCAGAAAAUACAUUAAAUGAUUAUCAAGGCUUUGAUAGCGAACAAAAUGAACGAUUUGAAAAGCAUUUAGUUGAUGCGGAAAUUAUUGAAAGUGGAACGGUGGCAACAAGUGAUGUUGAUGAAUAUUCGGAUGAAAGGUCAUGGUUUGAACCGGAACAUUUCGAUAGAUCUAAAGAUCCAACAGCAUUGAAGGGGCCACAAAAUUUGGGAACGACACGUUGGACCAUUUACAAAGGGAUGGCCGCCAUCGCAGAAAGCAAGGGAUUGUCUGGCAAACCGUGCGUAUUGAGGAGCAUAUGCGAAUCGGCUCAUACUCUGUUUGACUAUUCGAAUGGGAUUAUUGGCGAAUUAAUGCAUAUUGUUAUGUCGCCAUCAGCUACGCAAGAUGAAAUCUCCGAUUAUUCAGAUUUGGAAUAUUACCGCGCAGAAAGGCUUGGCAAAGAAGGUGCACCAUGUGAGCGUGUGUUCAAAGACUGUCGAAUAUCGAUUCUUGAGCAAUUUACCGGUGUUUAUACGCCAAUAAUGAAUAUGCUCAGUCGUCUCAUUGAUUAG